GGACUCAGUGCUAUGUGACAAAUCUAUGUAUGUAAAUGUGUGUAUAUACACACACAUAAAUUAUAUAUAUGAAUAUAUUUUCAUUUUCAUAUUUUGCAAGGACAGUAGCCAAUGCUCUGGACCUCUGGUCCUUUUUGUAGGGUACCCUCUGAGGCCGGGAACCUUUGCUCAACUCUCAGGCUGUCCAGGGAAGCUUUAGGCGGUGAUACCGAGCUACAGACCAAUAUAAGAGCUCGGGGCUGUGGCACUGAAGAGAGGAGGCGGCCGUUGGGAACUGAGGUGGGCCCAGGGCUUGAGCUGAGUUGGCGAGGGUGGAGGUGGUGCCGGUCCCACCCCGUGGUGGGGACCGAGAUGCGGGCUGGAGGGAGGGGCAGCGCCGAGGGGGCGGGACGGAGGGCUCGCGGAGUAGGCCAACGGUUGGCCCCAACCGCCACUGACUACAGCCUGCGCCCGCCCUUCGUUGCCGUUACCUGUUUCCGGCAGUCGACACGCUCUUCGCUUCUCGGGGCUUGUCUCCGUGUCUUCCGUCUCUGUUGUUUCUCCCUCUCCAUCCUCCUCUGUCUCAGUCUCCCCAGCCUUGGGGCCGGUGCCUCUAACGGGCUUCGGCGAAUGAGACCUGCGGACCUGCCCCCGCGCCCCAUGGAAGAAUCCCCGGCGUCCAGCUCUGCCCCGACAGAGACGGAGGAGCCGGGGUCCAGUGCAGAGGUCAUGGAAGAAGUGACAACAUGCUCCUUCAACAACCCUCUGUUCCGGCAGGAAGAUGACAGAGGGAUUACCUACCGGAUCCCAGCCCUGCUCUACAUACCCCCCACCCACACCUUCCUGGCCUUUGCAGAGAAGCGUUCCACGAGGAGAGAUGAGGAUGCUCUCCACCUGGUGCUGAGGCGAGGGUUGAGGAUUGGGCAGUUGGUACAGUGGGGGCCCCUGAAGCCACUGAUGGAAGCCACACUACCGGGGCAUCGGACCAUGAACCCCUGUCCUGUAUGGGAGCAGAAGAGUGGUUGUGUGUUCCUGUUCUUCAUCUGUGUGCGGGGCCAUGUCACAGAGCGUCAACAGAUUGUGUCAGGCAGGAAUGCUGCCCGCCUUUGCUUCAUCUACAGUCAGGAUGCUGGAUGUUCAUGGAGUGAGGUGAGGGACUUGACUGAGGAGGUCAUUGGCUCAGAGCUGAAGCACUGGGCCACAUUUGCUGUGGGCCCAGGUCAUGGCAUCCAGCUGCAGUCAGGGAGACUGGUCAUCCCUGCGUAUACCUACUACAUCCCUUCCUGGUUCUUUUGCUUCCAGCUACCAUGUAAAACCAGGCCUCAUUCUCUGAUGAUCUACAGUGAUGACCUAGGGGUCACAUGGCACCAUGGUAGACUCAUUAGGCCCAUGGUUACAGUAGAAUGUGAAGUGGCAGAGGUGACUGGGAGGGCUGGCCACCCUGUGCUAUAUUGCAGUGCCCGGACACCAAACAGGUGCCGGGCAGAGGCGCUCAGCACUGACCAUGGUGAAGGCUUUCAGAGACUGGCCCUGAGUCGACAGCUCUGUGAGCCCCCACAUGGUUGCCAAGGGAGUGUGGUAAGUUUCCGGCCCCUGGAGAUCCCACAUAGGUGCCAGGACUCUAGCAGCAAAGAUGCACCCACCAUUCAGCAGAGCUCUCUAGGCAGUUCACUGAGGCUGGAGGAGGAAGCUAGAACACUGUCAGAAUCAUGGCUCUUGUACUCACACCCAACCAGUAGGAAACAGAGGGUUGACCUAGGUAUCUAUCUCAACCAGACCCCCUUGGAGGCUGCCUGCUGGUCCCGCCCCUGGAUCUUGCACUGUGGGCCCUGUGGCUACUCUGAUCUGGCUGCUCUGGAGGAGGAGGGCUUGUUUGGGUGUUUGUUUGAAUGUGGGACCAAGCAAGAGUGUGAGCAGAUUGCCUUCCGCCUGUUUACACACCGGGAGAUCCUGAGUCACCUGCAGGGGGACUGCACCAGCCCUGGUAGGAACCCAAGCCAAUUCAAAAGCAAUUAAUUGGCUUAGGACCCAAUUUCCAUAGAUGCAAAUGGCAGUUACAGACAGGUUAACAGAAGCUACUGAAGUCUACAGAGAAUCAAAAAACUUAAUACUCUGUUCCCUACCUUUUUGCACUUUUCCUCCUCCAAAGAGCAAAAUGAAAAUUUUGCCUUACCUACUGCAAUGGAAAGAGCACUGAACUAGGAGUUGGAAGACCAGGAUGUGGUCCUGGCUCUGCCACUGGCUUGCUUUUGGACCUUGGAUGUGUCACCUGAACUCUCUGGACCUCAGGUUUCCAUCUGUAAAAUGAGAGUAUUGGUUCUAAGAUUUCUCAUCUUCUCAUCCCUAGGACAAGCAUAGUGCCUGCAUGCUUCAUGAUCAGUAAGUCCUGGCUGCAUAAAGGACUCUGAUGUCAAAAUGGAAACCAGGGGACUUAUCUUUUCACAUGACUUACCCCUCAUCCGAGUGUGAGGUUACAAGCAGGUGUCAUGGCAGGAAGGAAGACCAGAUCUGUAUGAUUUGUUCCAUUUUUAAUAACAAAAAUAUCCACACCCUUUUAAUAAUGCUCAGAGUUCUGUAGGCUCUCUAUCCUAGAGGAAUUGAGCAAAACAGAAGAAUCAUGAAGUCUCCUACCUUCUACAGCCUUGUAGUUCUGCUUACCUUCUCUUCCUCAUCCAGAAAGCAUCAUUUUCUAGGGAGAACAAUGAGAAUCUCAAUGCCAGUAGUACUGGAUAAUAGUGUGUAUUGCUUCUGGUGGCAUUACCCUGAUGAUGAGCUGAAGUUCAUUUAUUAGGGUGGUUCCUGAUGGGAAAAGGACAUGGAUUAGGACUUUAAAACACUGGACAGAAUUUCCCACAGUCUUUGCCCUCAAGGAGUUCACCAGUUUAUGGGGCUAGAAGAGCGAGAAAAUUCAAGAAAAUAAAUGUAGCUGGUGGGAGACUUUGUAGAUGUUGGGCUAUAUGUUGGGGUGAUGGUAGCUCCUGAUGUAAUUUUCUUAGUUGCAUCUUCAAUAUGCCUGGAGUCAUCUGUCCAAGGCUUGUCCAGGCUUCUGGGUUUCUCUCAAGUUUGUUUUUCUCAGGAUAUUGUCCUGGCCCAGCUACUCCUUUACCUGUGAGAAGAUCUUCACCAUUAGGAAGAUCUCUAGACCCCCAGAUCUCAGAAUCAGGCCUAUUUGUGUAGGCCCAUGGAAAUCACUACUUGUGAAGUAGGGAUGCCUUUUUGUCUAAUGGUUUUCGUGCUGAACUUAGUCCAUGCUGAGUCUCUCAGAUGAUACCAUGUUGGUUGUUCCUAUCUUAGAUUGUUUCCCCCAUAGCCUGUUAUUGCAACUGAAAUUCUAUCAUGAGAGAUUUAUUUUUUUGUCCCUAUUUUAGGAGUCUAAUGCUUAAACUGGUAUCAACUAAAUAUAUUUGGUGUUGUACAAUGACCACAGAGAACAAGUCUUAGUCAUGAAAUAUAGCCUAGGAGACUAGGGGUUACAGUUGUACUAGUUGGGUAGAGAGAGUCCUACAGGAUAAAAGUGGAGAUUAACUUUACCUACUUUAGCAGAUUGCUUAAGCCAUGGCUUAGAGUGGCUUUUAAAAAUCCCCUUAGCCUCUCCUACAUUUGCCAAGGUAAUCUUCCCAAUACACAAUUAUUCACUCAUGUAUACAUUUAUCUAAAUAUUUCUUGAGUGCCUAAUAUAAGGUACUUUCUACUGCCAUUCCUUGGCUCUAAAUCAUUUGUGGUUCUCCAUUGCCUAUUAUAAUGUAAAGAUGUUUACAUUUAGCCUGGCAUGUAGGACCUUCCAGCUGUUGGGUGAAAUAAUGCACUUUCCUCUACUUCCUUAUAUGAGGCCCACUGUCAGGGAAAACCUCUGUCAAGUUGGCAGGUGGAGGGUGGUGGAGGUCUAGGGAUGGGCAGGAUUGGUGCAGGGAGGAAGUGGGGAAGGGGAGAGGAUUAAAAGGGCAGCCCCCUCCUGAGUGGUAGAAACUCCUUGUUUAGCAAAGCUUUCCUGAACACUGUACUGCAAGUGGAUAGGAAUAGGGAGGAUGGCCAAGUCGUACAACCAGGGCUAAAGGAUGAAAAGAAUGAGAAUAUCAACUUCUUUUUUUUUUUUUUGAGACAGAAUCUCACUCUGUCGCCCAGGCUGGAGUACAGUGGCACAAUCUCAGCUCACUGCAGUCUCCGCCUCCUGGGUUCAAGCAAUUCUCCUGCCUCAGCCUCCCAAGUAGCUGGGAUUACAGGUGCCUGCCACUACGCCCAGCUAAUUUUUUGUAUUUUUAGUAGAGACGGGGUUUCACCAUGUUGGCCAGGCUUGUCUCGAACUCCUAGCCUUGUGAUUCGCCUGCCUCGGCCUCCCAAAGUGCUGGGAAUACAGGCAUGAGCCACUGCGCCCAGCCGAGAAUAUCAACUUCUUUAGGACUACUCAAGAAGGGAGUCAAGGCAGGGACCUUGGUCUGUGCCAUUGUGACGCAGAGAUGUCUAAUACCAGUACUCAUAAGAGGUCCAUCUCUAAAUUGCCCUCCUCUUACUUCUUCCCCCUGCCUCAUGUUUUUUCUCUUUAAUGACUAGCAUCGAAACUCUUUAACUGGGGCAGGCCUGUGUUCUUAUCUCAGGAAUAGUAAGAAAAGGGGGUUGGGAACAGGGGAAAUCCAGAAUAAAGACUUGAGAAAGGAACAGAGUGGGUGAUGGCAGCUAUGAAGAAAAAACAGAUCAGAAGAGUCCUGGCACCUUAGGAAGAGAAAGUGUCACAGACACGAGGCCUAGGCUAGAGAGAUGGUGUAGGUGGUAGCUGCUGUGAAGAAGAAAUGACAACAGGCUGGAGCUAUUCCCUGAAACCUGUGGGAAGGAAGAGAGACCUGCACAGGCCGGCACUUAGCUUGUGGAGAAGGUCCUAACUCAACACUGCAACUUUAAGCUGGCUUAACUUGUCUAAGUUCUAGAUGACCAACAAAGACAGCUAUAGACACUCUAACUCUGUGCCAAUUACCCAAGGCCUUCAGGGCCCUGGGACCUAUUCCAUGAUACUGGUACCCUAACUGAACCCAUUUCAGCCACUCAGAUUGAUAGGGUGGAAAAGACAGGGCAGGUGGUAGCAGCUGUGAAGAAAAGAGGAAAGCAGAAGGGUGGCCUAUAAUCUACAGGCAUGUAGAGAGGACUACAUAGGCCUCGGUUCUUUGCCCUCAGGAGCCCCCUUCCUGUCCCUUGGACUCUUAGAAUGGAUCCUUCCAGCACACAUGGCCCAACACUGAGAGUGCAGGAAGCAUGGGUAGGGGCCUCCUGCUGCUGGUAUGUACCCAGGCCAGCCUCCUGCCGACACAGCCUACUGGCUGGGUUCAUGUUCUUACUAUUCACCUCAGGCCAUUGUCUGGGUGCUUAAUUUGACUUGUUUCCCCUGGUCACCAGUCUCCCCUCCAAUAUUCACAGGACAUCAAGCAGCUUCAGCCAUGGGUAAGAGGCUUUUCACCCUGCCUGUUGGGUAGCCCAGAGGACCCGCAAAGGUCAACCUGAGUCUCCACAGCCUCCUCCCCAGGGCAGUAGGAAUUGAUAUCUCACUUUUGCCAGAUUAGGCUUCUCACUCUUCUCGAGUAGGCCAUAAUCCACCUCUUCAGUAGGCCAUGCAUCUUGUCUCUGCAGUGCCAGAAUUCACAGUCUGGGCCUCCCUUUGGUCCUUACCAUAGGCUGCCAUGUAUUAUUUUCUAUGUUGUACCCUGUAGGCCUCUGCUAGGCUGUGAACUCCUUGACUGACUCCUCACUGUGUCCUUUUUACCUUGAAUCACAGUGGCUUAUCUAAAAAUAUAAGCUUUUUUCUGUCAUAUUCUGAAUUCCCUGAAGGUAAGGACUAUGUCUGAUUCCUCUCUUUGUCCUCUGCACCCAGCGUAGGGCCUGAAACAGAGUAGCUAGCAGUAAAGAUACACUGAAUGAAUGAAUGAGUCAACCAUCCUUGGCCUCUGGAGCUAAUUGAGAAGGCUAGGGGGAGUUCCGCUGUAGGGAGAAGGAUGUUGCAUCCCUUUGUAGAUUGUGUAGCAUUCAAAACCUGCUGAACACUCACCCUCAAUGCAUAUUCUCUGUUCUGGCCUGCUUCAAGGUCAGUUACACUACUUCCUGGGAUGGGCCUUUCUCUGGCUUAAGCUUGGUUGUCCCUGGCUUUCCCAAGGAUCACAGCCCAAAAGGCACAGUGGGGAAAAUUUAUGGCCUAUUCGAGAAGAGUGAGCAGCCUAAUCAAGCCAAGCCUUGAUUUGGGGUUCUCACUUCACUGGUAUUUUCCCUCUGUCCCUAAUUGGGUUUUCUAUAGUUACUAGUUUUCCAGGCCUCCAAGGGAGAUUCUGAGGCUUGAUGUGUUCUGACUGUGUCUUGGCUUUGUGAUGCUGAGUGCCAGAAAUACUCUGUACUAUAAAAACUACCAUCGUUCUUUGAAACAACGAAGAGGAAUAAAGAACUUAAUUCUGGUGA